AUGGCGAAGUUUUGUCGCCUAAAAAGGUGUGCUGAAAUAAUUGAAGAAUAACUACUUUCAAGAAAGCAAGUAAAUGAUUUUUCCAGAAUAGUAACUAAUAAUUGAAACAAUUAGUAUAAGUUAGAGUUAGGAACAGCUUUAUAUUCAAUAUGGACACCUGCUAGUUGCAGUCUUGAAACUACAUUGAACGUGCAAUGUUUGACAUAAAAUAUCAAGUAGCCGUGCAUCCAGUUAGUUUUGAAUUUACCUGGGUAGUGAAACAGUAAACAGCAAUACUGACAGAACUCCUCAACAAGAUUAACUGAAAUAAAUUGUUUUGCUUUUGAGCCAUGAAAAACAAAACUAUAAAAAAUUGAAACCUAUCACUUGCACUAAUAAAUAAUUCAACACCGGCACAAGGAAUUGUUAAUUCAAGGAUAACAUUUCCCGAGUCUUCCAAGUUUCCUUUCUACAAAGGCCUAUUUUCGAGUGACAUAGAUAACAAACACACGUUUCUUUAAAGCUUUAAUUUCUGCUAGUGUCUGUAAUUAACAGCUCACGUUUAAUCCAAAAGGCCUCUGUGACACCAGUUAACUCUUCCUGUUUUAGCCAUGGUCCAAGCUUAAACCACUUGUCAAUUCAUUGGAGAAAAUAAAAAGGAAAUUUGUUUUGGUUACCUCGAAACUAAGUUCGUUUGGAAAAGAAUAAAAAAACAAACAAAAAAUAAAGGUAUUUGACUCGCAGCUUACAAAGUAAAUUAAGUCUGAGUAUGCGGGAUCGAGGUAGAAUCAAAGAAAAUUUUAAUCUGAAAGGGCCAAAUAUUAAAACCAACAAUCGGCGACAAAAUGAGUUGAGACACUUCGCCCAAAAGUAAGCUUUUUUACGUUUUAUGAAAUUCAAAAGGAGGAAAUAUAGCUUUCCUCCCCUAUCCCCUCCGUACAAUGUUGUGCCCUUGUUCUAGCUACCUAUAGAAAACAACAAACACCCCAACUUUGAAUGGAGGGGACAGGGGAGGGGUGCGGAUUCUUUUGUUCUCCGAAGUCACCCUAUUUAAGUACAAUGUCUCAACAAUUUUGUCACCGAUUGAAGUCUAACUUGGUCCCGAGGGAAACAGCCUUAAUUUUUUUCCAGAGAAUCGCCUCAAUGUUUUAUUGAGAUUCUCGGGAAUCUCUGAUUGAGAUUAUAUAGCUGGAAAAUUCAUUAAACUUCGCUGUAAUGACGGUAGUCGAUCAACAUUCGCAGGUGAUAGUGCACUUUUACCCUCUGACAUCAUAGAUUUUGCAAUGCUACCCGCUCAGAGAUUUUGGCGGGAAACAGUUUCAUUGUUAGAUGUCAUGUGACCUUGAAGUAACCAAUAAGAGCGCGCGCUGUUGGGUAAAAAUUUCAACUAUUACAUUUACAGUACAGUUUUACAAUUAGAUUUUGUUGCAAAAAUUAGAAUUAUUCUCUACUUUCUGCAACAAAAUUCUGCAACCUGCAAAAACCUGAUUUGUUGCAAGACAGGUUUUAUUCCUGGAUGGUGAAACGGGCAACAUUGUUAGUGUGCGUAUUGCAAAUCAAAUGCCACCAAGUUUGUUACAUUCAUGGUCGUAAUGUUUUUACAUUAGUGGUUAAGUUUUUUAUUACAUUAAAGGUUAGAAAAUUUUUACAUUGGUGGUUAACUUUUUGUUACAUUAGUGGUUGAUAUUUAUUACAUUAAUGGUUCGUAUUACAUAAGUGAUUGGUAUUUAUCACAUUAGUAGUUAGUGUUACAAUAGUGGUCGAUUACUGCAUUAGUGGGUGAUACAUUGGGGACCCCAGGUUGGUGAGGUAACCCGUUCAGGUGGGGUAAAAAAUAACCGCCGUUUACAUGCAACCUUACAUCCCCGUUAUCCCGGGAUGCACUUUUUCUCAAGAUUAUUUAAUGGUCGCUUGGCACGUAAGCACAAAAAUGGUGGGCAAACGACCUGUUUCGGCGGUUAACGCUCUUCUACUCUCACCUACUGCUCUUGUUGUAGCCUUUCAGUGGUGUGGCUUUUACUUUUAAUGAUUCAAAGCCUCUGGAAAAGGUAUUUGCGCGAAUUAAAUGUAAUGCGAAUAUAGGUAGCUUACCCCACCUUGAAACGUUCACAUGGCAAAAUUUGACCCCGACUGAAAGGGCUACCAGCUCUGGCAGACAGGGCAACCCGCCUGAGUGAUUCAACCCAACUAUAAUAAAAACGUGAUCAAAUUGAAAUGAGACUGAUUAUAUAGACAGGCAGGUUACCCCACCUAAUGGGGUUUCCUACCUGGGGUCCCCUACCUCCAUGUAAACAGGCCCUUAAAAUAACAAAAAUAUCGAAAGCAACUACUCAAAAUAAAUUUAUUUGAAACGCAACUAAAAAUCAUUUAAAUAAAAUUUCUUUACAGAUGUUGACGAAAGAGGUACUCGCUGCCAUAUUAUUCUUAAUGCUCGUCCAAUCAGGCGCUAGUUCCACUUCUUCUUCUGUAUCUGCUUCUCCAUCUGUAUCUGCUUCACCAUCUGUAACCAAUUCUUAUUCAAGCACCACUCCCGGAUCGUCUUCAAGUGAGAGCAAUUCGGCCUCUCCAAUGGGAUCCUCAUCUCAAACAUACACGCCCGCUACAAGCACUGUCACCAACACUGUGACCAUCACGGUGACAAAUACUGUUACCAGUGACGUCACCAGUACCGUUACACAUAUUGUGAACCAGACUAGUGGGAUGACCAUAUCACCAACCGCAGCUGGAACUUGGGGAGUCAGUCCUUCAUCUAUGUUAUCUGGUAGGUAUCACUAGUUGUCCAUUUGUUUUAGUAAAAUCCCAAAUACGAUUGGCAUUAGCCAAUCAUAUAUCGAGAUUAAUCUUCACGAGCCACUACUUGGCUAUAGGUCAACUCUUGGAAUUUCUACAUUAGGCACUUUAUUCCAAAAACAAACUUAAGACAAAUAAUCCAUUAAAAAGGCGUAAGGCGGAUACACCCUCUGUCCACCUUUAUUUUCUCUAAGCACAAAGAGGGUGAUUAACGAUUUUUAAAUGAAAGAGAUGCAGUAAAAAAGCUUCGGGAGAAUUCGAAGAAAAUUUAUCUUUCCAUGUAUUUUUCCUUGUUUGAAAUAUUCAGGCUAACUUAGAGGUCCGAAAAAGAACAAGAAAGUUUUCACGUAGAAAUCCUCCUCUCAAAGUGGUAAUGAUAAUGUUCACAAUUUACAAUCACAAGAGAGCAAUACUACAGUCAGAAACUGAUUUUCCUUUUUAUUAUUUUAAAGUUGUGUGGAACGAAUGGAAAACCGAAAAAGAGACCGACUGUAAAGAAAAGUGCUGUGACACAGGGGGCCUAGCUAUCAAACAAGUGAGGACUUGUACAAUCCACCAACCACGAUGUAACUUCACAGAAUGUAUGUAUUAUGGCCCAAUUGAACGGGAAAUCUCCUGUUACAUGGCUUGCAGUCACUGUAUGCCCAGUAAAGGUAAGAUAUUAUCAUAAGAAUCCUUUUUUUCUUUGUGCAGUUAAAUAUAAACUAGCCAUUUUACACAUGGGCUGUUGCCCAAGGGGAAGCAACGUUUUGUGUAUCAGUGACCGAUUUCCCCACAGUAAAAUUUUGUAAAACCUCAAUACCGCAACUUAAAAUAAAAAUUUCCGCAAAACCGCACCAAAAAUCGAGAAAUCGAUGUUAGAAUUACGAUUGAAAAGUAUACCCCUCGACCCUAACCUCAUUUUAAAUUAUUUUUUUAAUGUUUAGGAUAUAGCAUGGCUGGACCAGAGCUUCUUUUAAUCACCGCAGCUCUUCUUAUCUCCAUGUAUGUAUUUCACCUAUCACCAUAA